CGUUCCAAACCUGAGGGAGUUUGGGGCGUGGAGAUGGGAGAGGGAGACAGAAAACAUGAGCUGAUUUAAGUGCCUACAAGUUAAAAAAGGUUAAAUUGGAUUUUAUUUUUUAUAUAUAUAAGUGCCCACAUGUAGUUACUGAAAACACACUAGAGCAGAAGGCCUGAGUGGUUUGACAUUUAGGAAAAAGGAUCUUCUCUCUGUCUCACCACCCUUCCCCGGGGCUGAAGCUGUUGAAAGGGACCAUGGCAGUGGCUGCUAAUGCUACAUGAUCUAGGGUGGACUUACACCUACAGCCCAUGCUCGCUAAAGGACACGUAGAGACACGGGCUUUAGCAAAUGAUUUGAGAUGAAAUAUUUUGCUUCAUGGAUCUUGUUACCUUAACUUUGACUUUGCAGGGAUGUUCAAAGGGAUUCCUUUCAGCUUUAGUGGCAAAAGUGAGGAAGUCCUUAUACCAAAAAGUGAGGCCCUGUGUGAGCUGCUCCCAUCAGUAGGACAAAGACACACCAGCAGUAACUCGUUUUUGAGGAAGAACUACUUAGGGAAAGGUUGUCAGAGUCCCCGGUGCAACAGCCCAGGUCAAACAUCCUCUGCACUCCCUGCGAGCCCAGAGAUAUCUGAAGCAAUGGAGGCUUUCAGAAGAGACAUUCAAUAGCUGCAGCUCAUCUUGAUACCUCAAUCAAUUACCAGAUAAAAACUCCAGUCCGUGAAGACGUUUGAGAGAAAUCAAGAUGGCAGAAGGCCCCGGAUCCAGUCCCAAUCUCAACAUCCCUUCCAAGAGGCCCAAAGUCACCAAGGACCAGAUUGUUCCAGACACUGAGGUUGCAAUGCAAGAACCCACGGCGCCAGUAUUCACCCGCAAACUCCGCAAAGCAGCCGUAGGAACAAGCUGUGAUAUCCGGCUUAGGGUGUCAGUGGCAGGAUUUCCAAAACCUCUGCUGACUUGGUACCACAACGAUGAGCUCCUCCCUGCAUCAGAAGCCCAGGGCUCAGGCGGGCUGUGGAUACGGGACUGCCGCACGAGCGACGCUGGCUUGUACACUUGCGUGGCGACCAACGAGCUGGGGGAGGCAAGCUGCAGUGCCGUCUUGGCCAUUAUGGACCUUGGUGAAGACUCUGAGAACACAGAGGAUGAGACCACAGAACCUCAGAUGGAAACCAAAGAAGGGCCCGGGAGGCACCAAGACAAGGCUGGACGGAGAGGACCUUCAGUUGACGGAGGCGGGAUGAUGGACUAUAACCCAGAUGCUUCAGAUCGCAGAGCCACCCUACCUGGCGCCUAUGACCCUGUAGUGGAGCGAGAGCUCCGCGCUCUGGGCUCCCGCCCUCCGGGGCCCCACUUGGACCCAAACCCUGCCAGGCAAGCCCUCGGCGGGGCUCCCGCUGAGGGGGCCCCCCCUGUCCGUCACCUGGGUGUGGAACCGCUGAUCCGGGCAUCUCACGCUAACCUGGCACGGCCUGUACAAGGGUCAGAGGAAAGUGUUUCCGUAGGCAGCGACUACUAUGGGAGCAUGUUCAGCCUCUACAGAGGGAGGACAUUUUCGAUGCCGCUAUAGCACAUGGCAUUUUUUCUUUUUAGGAUUCCACUAUAAAAAAAAAAAAAAAAAAAAAGACUGGCCACAAACCCCAA